AACACUCCCACCUCAGACUUGGAUCCAAGCUCAGACUUUGGCUAAGACUUUGGCUCAGACUUCAACAUUGACGGCUGCUCUAAGUUCGAAGCCAGCCUCGACUACCCCGCCACUAUCCCGCCAUUUGUUCAGGCAGCUAUUCAUUGGCAUGGGAGCUUGUCGAGACAAGAUGUUAUGGUGCACAUAUUGUGGAAAGGCGUUCACGCGGAAGGAGCAUCUCGAACGACAUCUACCUAGUCACACAAACGUCAAACCUCAUCGGUGUGAGGACUGCCAACUCGGCUUUACUCGAAGAGACCUCCUUGUAAGACACCACGCAACAUAUCAUACUGCAAGAGACGACUCGAUGGGGCCUACGCCAGGAGGCCACCCUCCGAACGCAGGGAAGACUCAAAUUGCUUGUCUCAACUGCGCCCAGGCAAAAACAGGAUGUGAUAAGUUGCUGCCUACAUGUACUCGAUGCCGAGAAAAGGGUCUCACCUGUGAAGUUCGAUAUGCUAGGCGGUCCACGAAAGCCGCUUUCCGGAACUCCCAAGCAUCAAGAAAGCAGUCAGUAUCUCUAACGGCCCAGCAUGCCUUGCCUCCAUCACCACUCAUGAUGACAACGCCUAUUACCACACCCUAUAUUCCUGCGCCAAUGGAUGGCAGUCAGGGGCCUUCUCUUAGUGACCCCCAAGUGAAAACACCAAUAUCACCGCAUACCACAUCCAUCAUGAUAGAUCCUCGCAUAUCACAACAUGGUAACUUGCUCGACAGAAGCCCACAGUCCAACCUACAAUCCAGACCAGACCUUCCUUUUUCGCCACUUAUGCCUAGGGUGGACGACUUCGUCUCAUAUAGCAACGAGUUCAUGGGUCAAGAUAUCAAUUAUGGUACAUUUGACGACAUGAACUAUGAGAUGUAUUCCAGUAACCAAUACCUGGCGGAUGCUUUGAUGCCAGCGUUGCAAGAUUUGAGUCCGAUUGCAAGCUCGAGUUCCGAAUUGGUUGAUUCAAUCAUAGGAUCAGGGCCCACGAGAAGCACGAGUAUCAUGUCAUCCAAGGAUGUUGAUCAAAUCAUGUUUGACCCUAACUCCCCAUCUGACAUUCCAGAGUUAGAAACUGGCGCUCUGAUCGCCUCUCAGUCCGGAUGGCCGAUUGUUCGAUGCAACCCUGUCAUAUACUCGGGAGACUGUCCACGAACCGCUAUAAUAUAUCUGGAGUCCUUAGAAAGGAAGUCAAAGCAGAAGGAUACAUGGAACGCUCUAGAAAAGUACUUGAGUAUAGCUAGAAUGGAUGGCACUGACCUAACAUCAGUAGUACCUAUCAACUCCUAUACUAGGGACCAUUUUCUUGCUAAAACUCAGUCUUUCCUGCAUAAAGCCCUGGAGAUUCAUCGCCCUCCCUUCCAUAAUCACAGUUCUGGCUUUCAGAAUGACGACAGACCGAAUCCUGGGUCUAGCAUGAGCCUAUACCUCGUUCUUCCGCCGAAUAAGAUACUAGAAUAUUUCUUACGGAGUUAUGUCCGCAACCUUUCCUGCCUCUAUUCACUUGUACCAUCGGGCCAUGUCGACCCCAAUGAGAUGAUACUUGGUAAUCAUGCUACAUGCUUAUUGGUCUUGCUCAUGGUUGCGCAAGGUGCUUCUGCUGUCCCAAGCGAAGAGGCGCGUACCCUCUCGGCCGGUCUCAUUGAAACUUGUAGGAUCUCAUUAUUUGACAUAAUUGAGAAAAAUGUCGAAAUGUGCGCAGACUUGACGAUAAAUCGAUGCUCUCUACUGUUCACCUUAUUAGGAGCCUGGAGCGGUGACAAGUGGCUUAUGGAUAUUGCCAUGGGCCAACGGGGAAUGUACAUUUCGAUGUUGAAGCAUGCCGGCAUGUUUGAAUCUCCUAUGAGUGCACCAUCCCCUAAUCCGACCAAUAUUGAGGCGGCAUGGCGCUCUUGGCUGGAUCGAGAAACAAAGAAUAGAUUAGUCUACAAUUGGGUCAUGGUAGACCAGGAGCUCAGCCUCUUCCAUGACGGGGCGCCCGUGAUUACCGUCAGCGAGCUUUGCACGCCGUUGCCCGGUCCCGAGCAGCUGUGGAUGUCGGGAAAUGCUGACCAGUGGAUGGCCGCCAUGCAAUCCAACAUCAACUGUCCUCCUGCCAACGCCAGUGCACAGCUGCUCGGCGCGCCAUUGCUGGAGCCCACCCUCUUUGCCCUGUUCCAGGAAUUUCUGCAUAAUAAUUCAGAAAGCCAGAAGUGGGGUGCUCUGACACCUCAUCGGCUGAGGCUGCUUUUGCAUCCAUUACAGUCGCUGCUGUGGUACCAACGGGAGUUGAAAUGCUACCUACCCGAUACGUAUAAGCUCAGGGCUAUGCCAUCAAAGUCUGUAGACGAACGGCCUCCAAUGGAGCACCAGGCAGAUACACAGAAUUUGCUCCAGAGGUGGUACAAGCUAAGCAGGAACUACUUCCAGGCGCACCCGAAAUGUGUUGUGAGCAAGACCAAUCUGGUGCUUUUCCACCUCAUCUCGCUAAACGUAGUGACCAAUUUUUCUGCAAUCGAAAAGCUCGCGCAGCGCGAAGAUUCUGCUGCGAAGCAUGGCCCCUACAUUCAUAGGAUAGAGGAGACCGUUUAUCAUUGUGGACAGGUGGUUUCUCUGAUGCGAGCCAUACCUGUAGACCGGCGACCGUUAUGGUGGAGCGCCGCUCUCUACCGAGCAUUACUUAUUCUCUGGGUCUACAGCAUUCUGAGGGGAGACGCAUCCUUCCUACAGAAUUCGGAAACGGGGAUACCCCUCGUCAUCGACAAAGUGGCGAUCGACGACGAGGCCCUAUACAACUACAUGUGGAAAGAGGGCCCCAAAGCAGUUCCCGUGCUGUCAGGGCCGAGCAACUCCACCGUGAAUCUCGACAACCCUUUAAACGUCCUCAAUUAUGCAGUGAAGAUGAUCGACGAGGGGAACAGCUCGCGCUUCAGCGACGGUAUCAAGCGCAAACUCGUAGAACUCGCAAAGGCCUGGAACAAAUCAUCACCUCCCGGUACACAUCAGUUGCUCGGUAUAUAAGAUCAACUAGGGUUUUGUUUCAAAAUUUGAUAUAUAUACCUUCACGUUAUUACUAUCCAAUCGGACCUUAGGAGGCCACUGAUCAAGGAAGUAUACUCAGCAGCAACCGAAUACAUGAGCACAGUAGUCCACACACUACACAGAAGCCUAAUGAGUCUUUAGGAGAGCUCAAAAACUGUAUUAUAUUAUAUUCAUCACAUUAUUUUGAAGUGUUGGGCUCUCUUCCUAAGACAUUGGUAUGCAUUGGAAUCAGUGGGCGGGA